AUGUAUUUGUUCCUCGUUACAAUGGAUGUUAUCAAAGAAAAUUUAAAUAACAUCACAGAUAUUAGUUUCAAGAAACCUGAAGGGAAACUCAAAACUCUAAACUUAAUUCCUAACAGUGUACAUCUUGUAGUAAUAAGCAAAUUAUCCAUCCCAAAAAUUAUUCGUGUAAACUUACCACAUCGUUCAACAAAUUUAUCUAUCUGUUUGAUAGUUAAAGAUUUUCGCAAAGAUGAUUAUGAACGCACUACAGAAUCUUGGAAACGGCGUUGGAACAUGGAUUUGAAAAAGUCCGAACUUUCUCACUUAGACGCACCUGAAGUAACAUUUUUACCUCUGCGGGAACUAAAAGUAGCUUACCAAACUUUUGCUGCCAAACGUCGACUGGCUGCCACUUUUGACAUAUUUCUUGCCGACAAACGAAUUGUUCAUCGUUUACAAAAUAAACUGGGUAAAGCGUUCUACCAGGAGGUUUCAGGGAAAUUUCCUAUCCCAACGUCAUUUUCGAACAAUAAUCUUGUAGAUACUGUCCGACGGCAACUACAUACAUCUUUGUUCGUAAUUCGAGGCAAUGGGACAACCGAUAGUCUCAUAAUUGGGGAUGAUCUUUUCUCUUCAUUCGAGCUAAAGGAGAAUGUAAUAUCAGUUUGUGAAAAAAUCUGUUCAGAAUGGCCAGGUGGUGGUAUGGCAAAUAUCCGUUCUAUUUACAUUCAAAGCUCAGGUAUCUCCAUUCCUUUGUACUACGAUGAAACAGAAGCACCUUUAACUACAAUAAGUGAAAAAUUAUCGAGUCUUCCUAAAGCUGUUCACCGAAGAUCUCAUACACUUAUUAAGAAACUAAAAAACAAAGAAGAUGGUGCUCCGAUCGUUAGUCAACCUAAAAAGUCUCAAAAAUCACUUAAAAGAUUACCGAAAGAACUCGUUUCACAAAUUGCAGAUGAUCUUCCUUUGACAUCAGAUGAAGUCGACAAAAUUUUACGCAAACGAAACUUCAACGAUAGUAGCAUCACCCAAAUGAAGUUAAAACGAAAUAAAAGGAUUUCUCGUCAUAAAUUUGUAAAAAUAUAG